ACCGGGAAAGCCCGGAACGGUGAUCGACGAUAAACUGAUUUUCCUCGGUGAUAUCGCGGAAAAAAGUGUUGGAUUUCGGAAGGAUUUCUCUGAGGACUUAUUUGACUUUGCCUUGUUGUUUGUAAGCCUUUAUCCGACUGAACCGUCAAAACAACUCAACCUCCAAACAUGUCAAUCUCCGAGUUCCGCAAGAACAAGCUUCUGUACGUGUUCAACGUGUUUUUCGAUGUUAACCAGAGUGGCGAAAUAGAUCAAAAGGAUUUUGAGCUAGCAAUUGAGAAAAUCUGUGAACUUCGCGGCUGGCCAGUCGGUAAUCCCCGGAACACAGAAACCCACGAGAAUAUGCUGAAAAUCUGGGAAGGGCUACGCUCAAUGGCAGACAAGGACAAUGAUGGUCAGGUUUCCGUGGAAGAAUGGUGCAAAAUGUGGGACGAGUACGCGCGAGAUCCAAACUCCGUCCUCGACUGGCAGCUGAGGUACAUGAACUUUAUGUUUGAUCUGGAAGAUGCCUCUAACGAUGGAAGCAUCGACGCGGAGGAGUUUUCGAUUGUUUGCUCAAGUUAUGGACCGGACAAAAAUGAAUGUCAGGAGGCCUUCCGGAAGAUGUCUCAGGGAGCCGAGGAGGUCGACCGGGAGCAGUUUGCCGUAUUGUGGCGUGAGUACUUUUCAUCUGACGAUCCCGAUGCGCCCGGAAACUUCAUCUUUGGUCGAACGACAUUUUAACGUGUAGCUAGGAUCGAAAACGAUGCGUUGAUUUUGUUCCCUUUAUCUCUUUCAAACUGUUAGUAAUACGAGAAAAAAAAAGAAGCUGGGUUAAAUAUCAAUAGAACCAAUAACUCAGUCACGAAACCGAGAAAUCUGUUUCGAUUUUAUAGAUUUAGAGAUUAGUUGCGUUUUACGUUGAAUUCUAUAACACGAAUCGGAUUUUUAAAACAUGAAAAAAAAUCUAGCGGACUAAUAAACCGUACCUAUCAUUCGGGGUGAAGUUUUCCAUUGACAAAUAGAGACAGAGGAAGCGAUUCGGAGGUGAUUUGGAUUCCUUUCAAAAACAUCAAUCACGCCCGAGCAAAAGCAUUCAGCAGGCAGAUGUUGCCCGAGAGUUGGCUGUUAUUAAGUGGUGGUACGGAUCGUGAAUAACGAAAUCAAGCGCAGCAGAAUGCAGAACAAGAAUGUGCCAGAAAAACGGAACUACCUACAUACCUACCAGCAGCGCGUUGAUUCGGGUCGUUCAUUGUUCGUCUGGGGACUUCUUUGGGGCUGACAAAAAUAGGAUAGGAGAGAGAUGUAGCACGCCAGGAGCAAAUAGUUUCCUGCUGCGAUGGGUACGACCGUGAUUAUAAUAAAUGGAAGAGCGUGAAAUAUGAUAAAUCGCAUUAAAAGCGUCGUCGUCUUUCUUCUCUCAGAGACCUUUCUGAUUAUGAAUGCAGAAGCGUUUUAUCUUUCAGUUUCAGUAAAGUUUUUAUUUGAUCCAGGCAGGGAAAUGCAUCGGGGAUGGUGUGAAGUGCACGAAAUUGCAUUUUUCCGGUGGGAUGUCUUUGUAUUUUCUUUUCUAUGAAAAUAAUUUGAAUACAGUGGGAGUUUUUUUUUAUGAUUUCAUUCUAGUUGUUUUCCGUAUUAAGUGAUACUAAAGUAAUAGCACACCUAUUGCCGUUUUUGCAAAAUAAGGGGUUAGUAUAAGGCUUCCAAACUUAAUAUUAGCCAUAUAUCAGCUUUAAAUUGCAAAAAGUGCUAGUAGCGGAGAACCGUCCAUCGUCCACAUUGCAAAAAUUGGGCGACUACGGUUCCGCAACGACGUCGCAAGAAUGCCGCACGACGACCCAGUGAAAAUGGUUCUCGAAAGCGACCCAACAGGAACAAGAAGAAAAGGUGGAUACGAAAAAUAUUGAAUUUAAUACACAAAUACCCACAACAAAUUAGGAAUACACUAAGAUUUUUUUUAAACAGUCCUAAAUUUUAAUUUUAUCAAGACUUAAAGUCUAAGUAGUGGUUUUUGAGUACAUGGCACUGAGAUAGGCAAUUAUAACGGAAUUAAAUGGAAAUUAUUCAAUCCAGUCCCCAACGCUCUUCAGCCUUAAGCUGCGAAAUGAAAUCAUUUUUUCAAGGAAUAACUAUAAGCCAUUCACAACUACAAGUGUUUAAAAAAUAGGGGCCAUGACCACAAUGUUGAUCUGGAAUUUCUAUUUAUCAGAGAUCGAAAUCAUCGCAGUUGUGAGAAGAGAAUCGUCACUUUUCACCAGUAGGGUAGGAUGGUGCAAAACGCACCGUUUAAGUAAAAUCGUCAAUUUCUAGCGGAUUGAAGCUAAAACUAAGGAGAUAGUGAUGGUGUAUGGUUCAUUACUAUGUUUUCUACGAUGAUCGAGUGAUUUCGAACUACAAAACGAUGAUUUUUCAUGAUUUUCAAGGUACUGUUUUUAAAUCACUUCCAAAACCAUAAAUCCGUUACCCGGAAAAUGCAUCUAAGGAAAAGUUAUCGUUGUUUUUCUAAAAGUGGAUGGGUUAUUCUCAAGGAGUAAUCAACUCUGCACACUGUGCCGAAACACAGCAUAGCACACUGU